UCACCCGCGGUCGCCUCGGGCGGGGAUCGGUGCCCCGAAGCGCAAAGCCUGACGCGCCCCCCUCCCUGUCCCCCCCCACCCCCAUCUCCCACCACCCAGUCCCCGGCAGCGAUGAGACAGAGCGGCGCCUCCCAGCCCCUGCUGAUCAACAUGUACCUGCCAGAUCCCGUCGGAGACGGUCUCUUCAAGGAAGGAAAGAACCCGAGCUGGGGGCCUCUGAGCCCCGCAGUGCAGAAAGGCAGCGGACAGAUCCAGCUGUGGCAGUUUCUGCUAGAGCUACUGGCCGACCGCGCGAACGCCGGCUGCAUCGCGUGGGAAGGCGGCCACGGCGAGUUCAAGCUCACGGACCCGGACGAGGUGGCGCGGCGCUGGGGCGAGCGCAAGAGUAAGCCCAACAUGAACUAUGACAAGCUGAGCCGCGCACUGCGCUACUACUACGACAAAAACAUCAUGAGCAAGGUGCACGGCAAGCGCUACGCCUACCGCUUCGACUUCCAGGGCCUGGCGCAGGCCUGCCAGCCGCCCCCCGCGCACGCCCACGCCGCCGCCGCCGCCGCCGCCGCCGCCGCCGCCGCCGCCCAGGACGGCGCGCUCUACAAGCUGCCCGCGGGCCUCGCCCCGCUGCCCUUCCCCGGCCUCUCCAAACUCAACCUCAUGGCCGCCUCCGCCGGCGUCGCGCCCGCCGGCUUCUCCUACUGGCCUGGCCCGAACCCCGCUGCCACCGCCGCCGCCGCCACCGCCGCACUCUACCCCAGCCCCGGCUUACAGCCCCCGCCCGGGCCCUUCGGUGCGGUGGCCGCCGCCUCGCACUUGGGGGGCCAUUACCACUAGACAGGGCGGCCAGGUGCCGCGCGACCGCUCCCACACGCCUUGCCCAGCUCCAUCCACAUCC